CUGUGUCGCUAGUCAUCUGUUUAGACUCAGUGGAGGGAAAGUUCGAAUCAGAUGAGGAAGGUACUGACAGAGAGCGGCUUUGGGCCAGAUUCCUGAAUCAGAAACCAGAAACCAGAAUGGACUGUGGCUUUAUAAAGUACAUAUGAAAUAUUAGGGACCAUUUAACUGCAUCUGUUUCAGGUUUGUGUCAUGUCGGUCAUUCCCUGUUUAGUUGAUAGAUGGAGUGAGGAGAAUAACAACAUAAUUUUGACUUGGAAGCAAAAUGAACGAGGCCUUGAACCAAACCAGCAUGUUCGGAAGCGGUGCUGGUCGGAAAGCCUUAAACUGCUGCAGAAAAUUCGAGGAAUACCAGCAGCUACUGAACGACUCGAACUUGAAAUGACAGUUUCAUAUAAUACGUUUUUAUUCUCGUUGAAUUUCUGCAAUGCAAGUGAAAUAGAGGAAAGUCUCACCAACAGUUUAUCAAGAGCUUUAGAGGCGUGUGGAUCUCAGGUUUCCUGUUCUGACCCGGUUCAGUUGUGGGAGGCUGUUCUGCAGACUUUGGGCUCCUCAGUCUAUGUGCCUUGUGUCCACAAGCUUCUGCUCAUCCAGUGGAUGCUGUGGCUCAUGCAGUGUCAGUCAGAGAGAGUCCUUACUCUACUGAUGCAAACUAAUCACAAGAGAGAGCAUUCAGCACCUGUGAAUCUACAGACAGAAACCCGAAACCUUGCUUUGAGCACGGAAGAAGACUCCUCGCUAAAGGUUGCCAUGGCAGCAAAGGACCUCAAGGAUCUCUUGCACAUCUGCACUGUAAUGUGUGAAGGUGUGGAACAGAUGAAGAUGGAAAGAUAUUCUGAGGCCCUUGAAGCUUUUCAAGAGGCUCAAGGCCUCCCAAGUCCCAGAAGUCUCUUGGGACAGAUCCACACCCUCACAGGCCAGAGUUUUGCUAAGCUGGGUCAGCCCCAUUGUGCUCUCCACUUUUACAGGAAGGCUGUGGAGGUAGAUGGUGCUUGCCUUAGUGCACUUUAUCAAAGUGCUCUGGUGUUCAGACAGCUUGGAAAUCCAAAGGCAGAAAUAGAGGCCUUGCAUCUGCUUUACUCAGCAGUUCAACUGCAGUCUGAUAAAAGUUCAUCUAUUGCUUCACUGGUCUCUCCAGCUGUGCUGUUUGGUGGUGCACAGAUGACCUUCAUUAGCAGAGUCCCUUCCCCUUCUCGGAUUCUGCACACUUUGGCUCACACAUGUGUGUUCAAUGGCAGUAUUUCAGAUGGUGUUGAGUACUAUUUAGAUCUGUUGGCGUCACUGCAGUCAGAUGGCAAAGAUCUUAUACUCACAGGAGAUGGCACUUCUUUUCCCAGAAUCCCAGUGGUCUACCUUGAAGCAGGAUUUGCUUUAUUAAAAGCUAAACGUUAUUGUGAUGCUCUUGUGGUAUGUGAGGAGGUCAUCACCAGCACUUUGGACUUCAUCCCUGAGAGACUGCUGCUUGAUGCUGAUGAAAAACUAAAAGGAGCUGAUUCUGAUGUUGUGCUUGAAAAUGUAGAUCUUGUGUUAUGGGCUGGUGCAGCCCAUCUCCUUCAAGCACAAGCCCACUGGAAACUGAAGGACACCAAAGAGGCUAUUACAAAUUUUACAAGAGCGAUUAAUCAACUGGUCAAAGUGUUCAUUAAACAGAAAGACUGGAAACAAAAACAUUUUGGAAACACUGAAGCGAUGAUUGAAAGAAUGGUGACUGUGGAAGCGGCAAAAGGGCAAGCACUAGCUGGUAGAGGGCUCUGCUUUCUGGAAGGAGGUCAGUUAAAGGAAGCCCUGAGAGAUCUUAAUCUCAGUCUCCAGAUGACACCAGGUUGUAAGAAUACUGAGAUGUGGCUGACCGAGGUCUUGUGGAGGCUUGAUCGUAGAGAGGAAGCAUCAGCACACUGGAGAGAAGUCCAUAGUACUGAAGAUGCACCUAAGUCAAUAAAGCUACCGCUAUAUUUGCAGCUGUGGCCAGAUGACACAGCUUUUGACUUAAGUGACUUGAAGAAGAAAAUGGAGGGAUAUAUUCAAGCCAAAUAGACAUGAGAGAUGUCAGAAAGGAUGCUCUCUACUACAUUCAGCUAAACUGCACCAUUUCAAUUUUUUGGUGCAUCUAAACCAGAACUACGUACAGAAAAACCGUUUGUGUUGUCUAAUUUCCUUUUCAGAUGUAACCAUGUAGCAUUCCACUUUUCAGAGCAAAUGACUUGUGAGCUCAAGAGAAUGCAUCCAGACUGGUUUCAGAUUGUUUGUAUAUCUUACAUUUGCACAUUUUUCUGAUUAGCAUUUUGUUUUUGGAAUGGACAUUAAACCAUUUUAUCAAUGAUCUUGACAAAUAAAUAAUAUUCAUAAUGAAAAGGAUUUUAAAGUAUUUUAUUUAACUUUAAACUCGUAUAUAACUUGGUUUUUAUUUCAACCCACAGAGUCACAUAAAGUACUUUAUGACAGUAAUAUUAUAUAUGCAUUCACUACAUUGUUCAGCUUUACAGCUCAUUUAAAUUAUUACACAACAUAUUCUCAAAUACAUAUGUCUGUAUUAUUUAUUGUAUUAUUUUGAGAUUACCUAAUUUGUUGGCAAAUGUGGCGUAUUUGUAGUGUUGUAGUCAAGACCACCUAAACCGAGACCAAGUCAAGAGGAAGACCAGAGUGUGUUGAGACCAAAACAAGACAAGACCCAACCAGCACUCCUGAAAUUCAUCUGAAAGAUCCACAUUUAUUGCCUGAAAUAUAUCUAAUAUUUGAUCAAUGAAUACAAUCUGAAUAAUAAGACACUGUAUAGAGAUGUUUCCAAUUAAAUGAAAUCACUAACAACAAAAUUAAUCUUUGCACUGCAGAGGUGGCACAGAAGCUGCAUCUGAACUAAUACAAUUACAAUUGCAUAAAUAUUGUUGGGAAUUAUUAUAUUUUAAAAUAUAGUUUUGAAUAUAGAAAUAUGAUGGGAAAAU